AUGAAGCCUCUUGCCUCUGUGACUCGGGCUGCCCUGACCCUCAGCCUGGUCUUCACCGCUUUCCACUCGGCUUGCCUGGCAGAUGUCGACUUCUGCCCACAAGCCACCUGGUACUGCCACACUAGCGUGGAUGAGUACGGCUGGAUCGCUGCUGCUGUUGACUGGAGCCUCUUGUUUCUCACCCUCAUCCUGCUCUGUGUGGACAAACUGAUGAAGCUCACUCCAGAUGACUCCAAGGACUUCCAAGCAUGA